AUGCGCGGAUUCCACUCGCAGAUGGAGGGAAGGUGCGCAUACGUCGUCCUCAUCGUGGCGGCAUUCUGGACGACAGAAGCCAUUCCCUUGCCCAUCGCGUCCCUCAUCCCAGUCUUCCUCUUUCCUCUCCUCGGGGUCCUCGGCGCCUCCGAAGUCUGCGCGUCGUUCCUCAAGGACACUUCCAUGGUGUUCGUAGGGGGUCUCACGGUCGCCAUCGCAAUCGAACGCUGCAAUCUUCACCAGAGGAUCGCACUCAAGGUCCUCCUCUUGGUCGGAGUCUCCCAGAAACGGUUGAUGCUGGGGAUGAUGCUGACGACGAUGUUCCUGUCCAUGUGGGUUCCCAACGCGGCUGCCACGGCCAUGAUGAUCCCCAACGUCGAAGCCGUUCUCCUCCAACUCUAUCGCGUCGAGAGGCGAGAGAGCGACCCGAGGAUCGAGGCAGCGAAUGCUCCGUGGAGAGGGGAAGGGCGACGCGUCCACCUGCAGGAGCGGCUCGCGUCCGUCGCAUCCGGAACGCCUGGCGCCAUGGUCGAACGAGAGUUAGAGCACCUCUUUCAUCGUCCUUGCUUUCUUCCGUUUUCACUGAUGAUAACGUUUCUGGGGGAUACCCACUCGUCUGCGAUGCUCGUUUCAUCUAGCUGUGAAGAGGGGAGAUGCGAGGAGACGAAAGAAGGCUACCGAGAGGCCAGGGUCCAGAUCCUCUUGGCCGUGGGUUAUUCGUCGCUCGUGGGAGGGACUGGGAGCCUCGUCGGUUCGCCGACGAAUCUCGUAUUUAAGGCUCUCGUCGACAAGCUGUACGGGUCUGAUGCAGGACUGAAUUACGCGACGUGGAUGGCCUUUAACGUCCCUGGCAUGCUCAUUAAUGUCUUCAUCGCCUGGAACUGGCUCCAAUGCGUCGUCCGCUUUGCCCGAUGGAGGAAACAUCGGAAAGACCCAGAGAGUAGCGUGCCUGGUGAAAGCGAAGCCGCGGAAGAGGCUGCUCGCAGGGUGAUCGCCAAGAAAUACGCGGAUCUCGGAUCCAUGUCCUUCCGCGAAUUAGUGACCCUCGCCCUCUUCGUCGCUCUCGUUCUCCUCUGGUUCUUCCAGGAACCCCAGUUCAUCCCAGGAUGGGCCAGUUUCAUCGGUCGAGACCGGGAUUCGGACAUCGGAGGUGGAACCGCUGCGAUUCUCAUCGGCUUCGCCUUCUUUCUCGUCCCCGCGAAGCCCAACUUCUGGUGCUUCCGGGAAUCAUCUGAUGCACCGUCGCAGUCGAGCCCGGCCCUUCUCCACUGGAGGAUCCUCCACGAGAAGAUCCCCUGGGGAGUGGUGCUCCUCUUCGGCGGGGGAUUCGCGAUAGCCAAGGCCUCAGAGAAGUCCUGCUUGUCCUAUUGGCUGGGUCAGCAGAUGCGAAGCCUGGAUUCCUUGUCACCAGCACUCCUCGUCUUCAUCGUCACUCUCAUGUCGGCCAUGAUAACGGAAGUGGUCAACAACGCGGCCGCUGCCACCAUCAUCUUGCCAGUUCUUGCUCAGCUCAUGAAGACCGGGUUCGUCAUGAACGUGAUCUGCGUGGCGGUGAUCAACCUGAUGAUCAACACUCUGGGGGAUCAUCUCUUCGACUUCUCCAAAUUUCCCGAAUGGGCGGAAAAAGCGAGCGAUUCCAUGUCUUCCCCCUUUUCCCACUGCAAUUACACUCUCUCCUAG